AGAAACCUCGCACAAUCCCCAUCGUUCCAUUCCCAGCUCAAUCUUCAUCUUUAUCGUCACCACUGUCACUAUUUGUUCCUAAGAUUUUGACGUCACUGCGUGAAACAUGAUCUUUGCCAUCUUUUGAAGCUAAAUUUUGUUCACUUUUUUGUUUUGAUUCGUCGCUAGUUAAUUAAUUACUGUUUACUUCUUCCAUUCGGGGGUUUGCUAAUUUUGAUCGGGGACUUGUUUAUUCAACGGAGACACUGAUUCUAUGAAUCUCAUGUCCUCUGCCUAAAUCAGUUUUUGUCAAUUUCCGGAUCUUAGUCUUCGAAACAAACAAACAAACCCAAAAGACUAUUAAGAGGGCGAUGGAUAGAAAUGCAAUUACGGCGACGAUUUUUGUGUUUUUAGUCGUUGCCGAUGUUUCCAGUGGUUAUCCGUUUUGGAAGUUUCGAUUAUUAGCUGGUGAAUCUUCCACGAAGAACGACACGACCGCCGCCAAGUUCUCAGUCGCCAACCAAGAAAUUGGAUCCAAAACCGGAUAGUCAAUCGAAUUUGGAUCCGGAUCCGUUGAAUAAAAUGGAUCCCGUGAAUCAACUUCCAGUGGACAAGAAGGAUCCUAAACUAUCUGAUCAUCCCGGGAAAGUGAUUCGACCUUCUCCCCAAAAGGGAACAGAUAGUGGAACCAAUUCGAGUUCAACUUUAAAUGCGACGAAUGUUAAACCAAUGGAUGUUAAGGAGGAGAAGAAAAACAAUGCUAGUAGUGCAAACAAUUCAACUUCAAAUUCCACUAAUGAUAAAGAAUUGAAGGAUAAAGAGGAAAAGAAAGAGAAUACAGGUACUGGAAAGAAACCGAAUAGCACGGGGAAUGAACGGGCAGAUGGGUUAGAGGAGGAUAAGAAUAAGAAGAAACCGAAUGUAGAUGGAAACGAGACUCAGUCAGGGAUUGCCGAGACAUGUGAUGGGGUGGCUAACAGCUGCAAAGUCAGCAACUCCUUGACUGCCUGCAUUAAAGGGUUUGAAGCUGGGUCCAAACAUCGGGUUGUUUUGGUCCAUAAUACUGGAAGAAAAAGUUUGAAAGUCAAUGUCGUUGGCCCUUCUGGGGAAUCUCUUGUGGAGGGACUUAAAGUACCAAAACACGGAACUCAAAAGGUCAAUAUACCUUUGACUAUUAGCGAAACCGGUGAGCUAUUGGUAAGUGCUGGAAAUGGAGACUGUGUGCUACGCAUGAACCCCCUUGCAUCCAAAGGGAACCCUUUCUUAAACCUUCCUUCUUAUGAAAAGUUGCUGAAUCCAGUAAAUGGAGCAUACUUCUUGAUUGCAACAGUUUUAGUUUUCGGAGGGUCGUGGGUUUGUUGUAUGCUUAGCAAGAAGAGACGGCCUGAUGGUAUACCUUACCAAGAGCUAGAAAUGGGAUUACCAGAAUCCAUGGCAGCUACUGAAGUAGAAACAGCUGAAGGUUGGGACCAGGGUUGGGAUAGUGAUUGGGAUGAGGACAAGGCAGUGAAAUCACCAAUGGGACGACGCAAUGUACCGAAUAUCUCAGCAAAUGGCCUAACUACAAGAUCAUCGAACAGAGAUGGCUGGGAAAAUUACUGGGAUGAUUAGACUUUUCGACCAGGGAAAAAGAGAAGGUAAGAAAGUGCAUCAGUCGAAGUCGUUGGAGAGAAGGAAUAGAUAAUACAUAGAACAGGCGGCUCGAUAUCGAAACUGUAAAUUGGUCCCCACAGUUGUGGUGUUUAGGUUUUGGUUGUGGAGUGAGUAUUCAUUUAUUUGGUAUUUGAAGUUGGUCUCUAAUGAGUCGGAAUAUUAUAUUGGAAGGUAACACAGUUAGCAUAAUUGUUGUUUCAUGUAUUUGCAGGAAAAGGGUUACAGGUUUUUUGGAACAAAGUGAAAAGCUGAAAGAGUCAUAUUAGUUGUGUAUUAUGUAUAAUUGAAU